AUGUCAAGGGGUUCAUCUGAAAGCAGCAAAUUCCCCCCUGCCCAGAACAGACACAGGGAGCAGCGGGUUGCUGCUGAUGGUUUGCUGUCUGCUGCUGCAGCAGCAGAUGCAGCAACACGCUUGCUGCUGCUUGAUGCUGCAGUCUUACGACAAGAGUAUGCCCAGCUGUAUGCGCAGCUACAAGGGUUAGAGCCCCUCUUCUUGCUGCCAACUCCAGCAGCAACAACUGCUGCAGAUCCAGCAGCAGCACCAAAUGCUGAACGCGUAGCAGCAGCAAAUGCUGCAGGUGCAGCAGCAGCAGCCGCAGCAGCAGAUGAGGCAGCCGCAGCAGCAGAUGCAGCAGCAGCAGCCACAGGCGUACCCGAAACAAAUGCAGGCGCAGCGGCAAGAACCGCAGCAGCCGCAGCAGCAGCCGCAGCAGCAGCCUCAGCAGCAGCACCAGCAGCAGCAGCAGCAGCAGCAAGCAGCGACGAUGAAGCAGCAGCAGCAGCAGCAGCAGAUUACGCCUUUUGUUUUCUUUCAGGUGCUGUGGAAGCAUGCGGGGCCUUAGGGCGCCGCGCAGAGCAGCAGAAUUGGCUGCUGCGCCUGCUGCAGCAUGGGGGACUAGCCCGUAGCAGCAGCAGCAGCAGCAGCAGCAGCAGCAGCAGCAGCAACAGCAGCAGGUGGGUGCAUGCACCACUGAGAAUAGCAACAUCAGAAAGACAACCCCCAGCCUUUGAUGUCUGGGCGGUUAUGCUGCGAUAUAAUUUAAAGUGCAACUCUUUUGAAGAGGUUAGAGCAGCAAUAGCUGCUGCUCCUGUGCAGCUGCUGCAGUCGCUCCUCUUGUCCUUGCUGCCUGCAGCAGCAGCACCAGCAACAGCAGCAGCAGCAGCAGCAGCAAGGGAAACAACGGCAGCAGCAACAGAAGCAGAAACAGGAAGGAUGCUCCCGCUCGCGACAGCAAACACCAUCUUCCUCGGCCUCACGCUGCAGCAGCUGCAGCAGCUACAGCAGCAGCUGCUGCAGCUGCUGCAGCACAAACGUUCAGCUCGCCGCUUUGCCCUUUACUUGGAGGGCUUUGCUGCUGCUGCGCUGCUGCUGCAGCUGUGCGGCUUCAGGCGAGCAGCAGGAGUGCUGCUGCUGCAGGCUCGAGAGCUGCUGACGCUGCCGCUGGCAUGCAGCAGCAGCAGCAGCAGCAGCAGCAGCAUUAUUCAGAGGGAGGCUGCUUGGGGCUUAGGGGUCCCUUGCAGCAGCAAAGAAACGUUUGCGCUGCAGCUGCUGCACUGCUUGCUUCACCAGGGAGCAGCAGCAGCAGGAGCAGCGCCAACCGCAGCCGCGGCAACUCCAGCAGCAGCAGCAGCAGCAGCAGCAACAGCAGCAGCAAGAAGCUGCUACUCGUGUCUUCUGUUUAUCGAUAUUGAAGGGGCUUUGUUAGACUGCCGCAGCAUCCCGGUGCUGGCGGGUCCCUUCCCUUUGCUGCUGCAGGAGCAAGAAGCAACAGCAGCAGCAGCAGCAGCAACAGCAGUGGGCGUACCACAUGAAGACAGCAGCGGGCCCCCUUGGGUUUUGCUGCAGCGUUUGCUGCUGCUGGCACGCGAGCUGCUGCUGCGGCAGCAGCAGACGCAUCUCGCUUUAGGGGAAGGGGUUCUAGGAGGUGGAUGCGUUGCUGCUGCUGCUGCUGCUCCGCUGCCCGCGCUGCAGCAGCAGCAGCAGCAGCAGCAGCAAAUUCAGGGCUCCUCAUGGAGGCUCCGCACCCUCAGCAGAGCCUUCAGCAAAACUGUGGGUCGAGCAGCAGCAAGGGAAGAGUUGAGGCGCAGCAACAGCACAACAGCAGCAGCAGGAACCUACACGCGGCAGCAGCAGCAGCAGCAUCAGUAUCAGCAGCAGCAGCAGCAGCAACAGCAGCAGCAGCUGCUGCACAGCAAGACCUUACGCUUAGCUUGGAGCAGCAGCGAAGCUGCUUUUUAUUUGCUGCAGGCAGCAUCGUGGUGUCUGAUCGAUUCUCACUGCUUCAGCGCUUGCUGCAGCAGCGGAGUGCAGCAGCUGCUGCAGCAGCAGCAGCAGCAGCAGCGGAAGCAACGAGGCCUGCUGCUGGCUUCUCCCCUCGCCGCGCUGCUGCAGCGCAGGGAUCCGCAUGAAGAGCUCUCGCGGCUGACAGAUUUUGUUGCGGCUGCUGUCUCGAGCGGCAGCAGUAGCAGCAGCAGCAGCAGCAGCAGUAGCAGCAGCGGCAGCAGCCCAGCAGCAGCAGCAGCAGCAGGCCCAAAGUGCAGCUGCCGGAAUUCAUCUGCUGCAGACGCAUGCACUGCUGCUGCUGGUGCUGUUUGGGAGGUGCCGCAGCAGCUGCAGCACAGCUUGCUGCUCAGCAGCAGCAGCAACAGCAGCAGCAGCAGCAGCAGCAGCAGCAUGAGUGUGGUUUUCUUGCUGCUGUGGGCGGCGGAUUGUAUGGGGUUUGCUUUGCUGCCGCAUGCAUGCAGCAGCAGCAGCCACCGCUGCUCUCUAGCAGCACAUAAGUGCGCAACAAAACACAAGAAGAAACAGUUUAUAUCGCGAGGCUUGUCCCUCCCUUUGCUGCUGCAGCAGCUGCUGGAGAGGGCGGUGUUUGUGUGUCUCUGCUGCGGCGGUGCAGCAGCAGCAGCAGCAGCAUCAGCAGCAGCAGCACGUGCCUAUGAACGGCUCGGGUUGCUGCUGAUGCUGCAAGGCGAUUUGCGCCGUGCUGCUGCUUGCUGCAGCUUGUCUUUUGCUGCUGCAGCAGAGACGCAGAUACCUUUUGCUGCUGCAUUUUCUCCUUCGUUGGCGUCUGCUGCUGAUUUCAAAUGCAGAUUUGUUGCAUCCCCCUACAGCAGCAGCAGUAGCAGCAGCAGCAGCAGCAGCGGCAGCAGCAGCAGCAGCGGGAUGGCUUCUAUUUGCUCCUUUUCUUACGCCUUUUUAAAACGCAUGCAGCAGCAGCAGCUGCUGCUGCAGGGGGUAUUCAAAGCAGCAAAGUACGAAGCACUGCUGCUGCUCUGGCAGCGCCGCUGUGCUGCUGAACUCCUCUUCCAGCAGCACUCAGCAGCAGCAGCAGCUGCUGCUGCAACAGCAAGGAAGAAGUCUGCUGCUGCGAUGCUGGCUGACGCUCCGCAGCAGCAGCAGCAGGAGAAGGAGCAGCAGCAGCAGCAACAACAACAACAACACCUCAUGAUGCAAAUGAAUGGGCACACAAAGUCUUUGCCGCAGCAUCAGCAGCAGCAACGGGAACGGCAGCAGCAGCAGCAGCAGCAGCAAGAGCAGCAGCAGCUGCUGCUGGCAGGGGACAUUCCUUCACGGCUGCUGGUGGAGAUGUCUGCUAUGACAGCAGCAGAAAGAAGAGCAGCAAUUGCUUCUGAUCUGCAGCGGUAUGCUGCGCUGCUGCUGCUGCAGUGUCGUUCGACAAAGCUAUUUUGCCUCCCCACACCCAGCAGCAGCAGCAGCAGCAGCAGCAGCAGCGAUUGCCUUCUGUUGAGUGCGCAUGACAAAGGCCGGGCAGCAACCGAGACAGCAGCAGCAGCAGCAACAGCAACAGCAACAACAGCAGCAGCAGCAGGGGAAGCGCUGCGGCGCUCUCUAGAGCAACGCAUGCGAGAAACCUUAGGGCCUCUUCUAUCCGGUAACAGCAGCAGCAGCAGCAGCAGCAGCAGCAGCAGCAAGGAGAACAAGGGCGACAGCGCCUCCCGUUCCGCUUCUGCAGCAGCAUCAGAUUCGACAGCAGCAGCAGCAGCAGGAGCAGGAGGAGGCGGAGGAGAAGCAGCAGCAGCUGUUGCAGCAGCAAGUGAAGCAGCAGCAGGAGCAGCAGCAAUAGAGCUUCCCAGUUACGUAAAUUUAGUAAACCGCUCUUUCGUUUGUCUGUCUGCUGCAGCACAACUAACUCCAGCAGCACCACAUGUGUGGAUCCUACUUGCUGCUGCUGCUCUGCAUGCAUGCCACUUAUCUCUUGCUGCUGAUUGCUGCAGGAGGGCCUUGCUGCUGCAGCGAGACCUACCAAGAACAUGGUGCCUCUUUGCUCUCUGCUGCAGCUCCCCGUGCAGUGCAGCAGCACCGCUUGCCCUACACCCCGAUCUCAGCAGCAGCAGCAGCAGCAGCAGCAGCAGCAGCAGCAGGAAGUGGAGAGGGAGGGGGGCAGCAGCAGCAGCAGCAGCAGCAGAAGAAGAAGAAGAAGAUUCUGCAGCGGGAGAGACAGAUAGCAGAAGGUCAUCAGAAGAACAGGGAGACGCUACAGCUGCUGCUGUUGCUGCUGCAGCAGCAGCAGCAGCAGCAGAAGCAGCAGCAGCAGCAGCAGCAGAGGAUGGUAUACUGCCAUUCCCCUGCAGCCCCGUGCUGCACCACCACCGCAUCCCUCUGAAGUCUUUAGAGGAGCUGCAUAUACACCUGAAGUCAACGCGAACAUAUGCAAGUGCUGCUGCAGCAGCAUCACGGAUUGAAGAUGCAUUAGAUGAAUGCAAUCUGCUGCAGCAUAAAUUGCUGCUGCUGCUCGCUGCGCUGCAGCUGGCAGCAGCACAACCCGAUCACUCCAAGCUCCUGACGCCAGCGGAAGCAGCAAAUAUACGCAGACUGCAGCAGCAGCAGAAGCAGCAGCAGCAGCAGCAGCAGCAGCAGGGAGGGUGCGCGGAGGCCCCACAGCCGACACGCUUCUGCACUCACAGACCCACAAGCAGCAGCAGCAGCAGCAGAUCUGCAGCAGCAGCUGCAUGCGAUGUCUGCAUAGUAUCUUCAUUUGCAGCAUUUGAGAGCGAGUUGCUGCCUCCUCCAGCAGCAGCAGUUGCUGUUGCUGCUGCUGCUGCUGGUAUUGCCGAGUGGGGUCAACUGCAUGCGGUUUGCUGCAGCACUGAGGGCGACUGGCCUGCUGCUGGGUGUCUCGCUGCUGCUGCAGCAGCAGCAGCCGGCACCAGCAGCAGCAGCAGCAGCAGCAGCAAGAGCAAGAGCAGCAGCAAGGGAACAGCAGCAGCAAUAGCUAAGCUGCCUUGUGCAGUGAAGGCGAUGCAGGUAAUUGGUGCUGCACUUAGAAAUUUAGACGGGGGAUUGCUGGAAGCAGCAGCAGCAAACCUCUGCUGCCAGCUGCACAGCAGCAGCAGCAGCAGCUGCUGCAGCAGCAGUGUGUUUCAGUCUAACGAUACUGUGGUGUCUAUACAGCUCGCCUUUGCAGAGGUAGAGUGCUGGGCGGGGAUUGCUGCUGCGCUGCUGCAGCUGCAGCAGCCGCUGCUAGCUUGGCGUGCUGCUGCUGCUGCUGCUGCUCAUGCUGCAGCACUCGAGGCCUACCUUAGAGCUGCUGCUUUGUCGAACGAACCCCUCAAGACAACCCCCAGCAGCAGCAGCAGCAACAGCAACAGCAGCAGCAGCAGCAGCAGCAGCGGCGAUGCGGGGGGCCCAUUUGCUGUUGAUGUGCUGCUGCAGCACGUAGCAGCGUGGGGCGUGGAGAUUGAAUUUCUGCUGCUAAGAAUUCGCUUCUACUCUCUUAACUUGCAUGAAGACUCCCUGCUGCAGCACAGCAGCAGCAGCAGCAGCAGCAGCAGCAGCAGUACUGAACGCUGCUGCUGCUGCUGCGGCGGAAGCAGCAGCAACGGCUACUGCAAUAUCAGUAUCAGCGACUCACUUUGA